GAUCGCUGUCAUCAUGCAGGUGGAAUCUGCGCAGUGUGGCUCAGCGUACAGAUCCCAAACACCAGCCUCACCGAGCUGCAGCUCAGGACUCGGGACUCCGGAGAUCAGACUGCAUUUACAGCUGUAAAGGAACCAAUCAAGGAGGGGAAAGCAACAAAUUGGAUUUUUUUUCUCCGCUUUCACUUGAUGACCAUCAGCAGUUUAGAUACAGAGGCUUCAUUAAUUUAACACAACAUGAUGACAGAGUUAAAAUAACCCACAUAUCGAGGAUUUCUCUCUGUAUCAUACUGCUGGAAUAAGCUCACACUGCUGUGUUGAUACUGUCAAACAGUUUUCCUUCCCUGGCGCAGUCCAACUCAGCAGCAGUCGCAUAGGAUGCCAUACAAGCCUAUAGGAAGUGACUCUCGCAGCUUGACAGGGAACAAUCUCCGAGAAACCCGAAGGACGUAAUCUUUGUCCUGCGGAUCUUAUCGGUGUAAAAACACUCAUGGCGAUGGACGAAGGUACUGUCAGCGAGACCAUCCCAGACCUCAAAGACAUAGAGGCGAAAAUCGGCCGGAAGACCCCCGAGGGUUUGCUCAGGUGGAUGCGGGAAGAGUCGUCCUCUCUCCGGGCAGACGCCAAGCUGGCCCUCGCGCACGACACCGGUAAAGAGACCGGGAUGAAGAGUUUGGAUGAAAAGAUAAGAAAACUGAAGAUGGAGAUGGCUCACUUGCGCUCGGUGGACGUUAAGAUCCUGCAACAGCUGCUGGCGGUGCACGAGGGCAUCGAAGCAGUGAAAUGGCUGUUUGAGGAGCGCAGCACGCUGACCAGCCGCUGCAGCAGCCUCACCAGCAGCCAGUACAGCCUGGGGGAGGGACCCGACACCUCUUGGAGAGGCUCCUGGAGCAGCUUGCAAGACCCCAAUGACAAGCUAGACAACAUCUCCAUUGGCAGCUACCUGGACACGCUGGCAGACGACAUGGAUGAGUACUGCCCUUCCAGCUCCGAAUCCGUCAUCUGCUCCACCACACCUCUAGUUUCGGAGGCUACUGCUGGGGGCCGCAUGGCGGGAGGCUCCGUGGCCACAGUCACUGCAGCAGUGUCAGGGUCCGUAUUAGGGCUGAAGUCUGGGUCUAGUGCUGUGGGAAGUGAGAAUGGUACUGGGGUUGGAAUUAUUCCAGAAGUGAAAGGUGGACCUGGGAAUGUUGCCAUUGGGAAGGAAACUGGAGGAACUGAAAGUGGGAAGCCAGCAGCUCCUGGCAGCUCUCCACAAGCCAAGUCUGAGGGACUCAAACAAGGUGCUCCUAUCUGGACCAAGACUGCAGAGAAGGAUAAGGGAAGCCCCAUUUUCAAGGUCAGUACCCCAACGCAAGGCCUUAAAGCUAAUGGUGUCCUAGAGAAAUCAACCACACAAAGAGGCAGCCCGACCCGCACCUGCCUCAGUGAGAAACUGGCAACCAGCCAGAGCCCCAAAGUUAAACCUUACAAAAAUGGAAAGAUUGACUUGGACACGUGCAAAAUGAAUGGCAAAAUGCAUCUGGAGUACGAUGCCCACUGGCGCUGGGUGCAGUCGCAAGAAGAUGUGACGUUUUUGUAAGAAGGAUAAUCACAGAGAGGGACUAAAGCCACUAUUGAACACUCCCUCUGCAACAUCAAAAACCAGAUCACUGAAGAUUAAAAGAAGAGUGCACUGCUGUUGUGAAAGGCACAUAAUGGGGCAUACCCAGUGAAAGACACUGGGUAUGAGAGACAAUUACCUGUUUCUUCUUUUGUUCCCUCCUGUAACUGCACUAACUUCCUGUAAAACAUUGAUGUCAGUAUUAAGGGAUUUUGGACCAUAUAUAGCCAAACAGGGGUGCCUCACAAAAUCAACUUUAAAAUCCUGUGUCACAGAUUUUCCUCAGGGUCUUUUUAACAAUCCCUGAUAUUAUUUCAGUUUCUUUUCUUUUAUGUUAUUUUGUUUUCCUGAAAAAUAAAGCACAGUGAGACGAUCUGCCAGAGAGCUGAAACAUGACUCCAGAUGGUUUGACACAUAUUUUAUCGGCAAGUCAAAAUUGAAACUUUGCCUUGACUUUGACUUUUUAAAAAUAAUCUAGGAACAAUAUUGCCACCAAUAUAUUAAUUCUGAACCUUUACAAAAACUAGUUAUUAUUAGUUACUUUGUAUAAUCAAUUUAACAUUUUGUGGAUUCUGUAUGAAAGUAAUUCCCAACUUUUUAUCUUUGAUCCUCUUCAAAUGAAAGAUUAUUCAGUUAUGGUGAUAGUUUCUGGGUAAUAAGGUAAAUGUAGCUGUGCCAGAUGAUAAAAAAUGUACUCCUGGACCAGUUUGUAGAGGUAUUAGAGCAGAAGAUUUAAUGCAAUAUAUAGACAAAAGUAUCGGGCCACAGAGUCUCUUAAUCCUUCAGGUGCUUUUAGUUUCAUUGUUCUAACUCUAUAACAUCAAGCACCUAACCAUGCAGUCUUCCUUUACAAACAUUUGUGAAAGAGUGAGUUGUUCUAAGGAAUUCAAGCGUGGUACUGUAACAGGAUACCACUGUACCACUGUUGCAAUACGUCAGGUUGUAACAUGAAAGUGUUUAGGAACCACAGCAACACAGCCUCAAAGUGGUAGACCACAUAAAGUUACCAAGUGCUAAAAGUGCACCUGGUAUAAAAGUCACCAAUGCUCAUCUGACUCAGCAGUUGCAGACUUUCAAAUCUCCUGUGAUAUUAACAUCAGCACAACAUCUGUGUACCAGGAGCUUCAUGGCAUCAUUUCAAAGGCUGAGCAGCUCCCGUUGGUGUAAUGUGUGGGUGGGCCGGUACUUUUGCCCAUAUUGUGUGUAUUUCACAAAUCAAAAGCAAAUGUGUGAUGAGAAAAAACCAAAAGCUUUGUGUAUUUAACUCUUUUGUUUCUUCUGAGCUCUUCAAAUUUACCUCAGGGCCCAUUUGAAGGGGCCUGACCCUGAGGUUGGGAAUGACUACCGCACUCCACAAACAACAGCUUUUAUGAACUCCAGUGUACUGCAUAUAAGAUAGUAGUAGAGUCCGUUCUCACUCUCGACGCGUAAUAUACUGACGAUUUGUCACGUCCCCAGGCAUUCCAUGGAAACACGAAAGGUGACCUUCUGCGUUUCUAAGCUACGCGCCAGAUUGUGCAAUUUAAAGAAAAUAAACAUACAUAUGUAGAGUCAUUCCAGACAGUUCUCAUGUUUUCCGAACUUGUAAUAUAGGGACGUGUUGGGCGGCCGAAAGCGUAAUUUACUGACGAUUUGUCACCUAGUGUAAAAUGUUACGCUUUGGGAGUGAGAACGUGUUGAGCAGUCAUAGUGUAAAAUCAACCUCUCAUUGAAAUCCCAAAUAAAGUGUGCUAUAUUGAUCCUUGUUUAUGGAUAAUAUAUCACUACUCUUCCAGUGGUUAAUGACCGCCUUAUUGUUUCAACAAAAAAAUAGAAAAAAAGUAUGAUUUUCUCCCCAACUGUUUAUCCCCAAACACCUUCCUGAUCAGCACUAGAAAAUAUGUCAAACUUGCAAUAGAAGACAAAGCACUGAGAUAAAAGCUUAACACAUUAAAAAACAAAAAAAGUGCCAGUGAUAGCAUUUGUGUCUUUGUGAAGCUAAUCCCUUCAGUGCGUUACCAAACAUGUGCACGAUUGUAUAGUCACUGAGUUGUAGUACAGCUACUCUGUGCACUGGUUACUAGUCGUGACUGGUUAUAGGCAAAUCUUGACUUUGGAUGAAAAUCUUUCUUCUGUUUUGACAAUUACGCUAACCUGUAUUAGUUUUCUUUAAAGCAAAUGUUGUGCCUGAUUGGUGUAAACCUUAACUACAUAUGCCUGUUUGUUCCCUGAGAUGACUGCACUGUUGUGAUGAUAAUCUUUUAUUAGUUUUGCCUCUCUGUGGGCUUUGCUUGCGUGUACAAAUGGCUAGACCAAAAGUCUGUGUGCUCUUCAGUAUCGACUGGUAAAUGUGUUAUGCUGGCUGGGUGGAUAUUGCUUGCCCUGUGCUGACAUCUUUAUUGGUUGAUUUGUGAGCAUACGCGGAAGACUGAACACAAUCAGUGAAGAAAAGCAAUAUUUCCUGAAGGCUGUCUGCUGGCUUACAUAAGCAGCCUCUUCUCAGCAACUGAAAUUUAAUAAUAAUGUCUGAUCUUCAAUAGAUGACAGCGCUACUGAAGAAGGAAUUGUUGUGCGUUUUGUUAUGUGCAUGUGCGAGAGAAAGACACAGCCGGCCUCCCAGGUAUGAAUAAGAAUAGAUGAGUCCCAAAGGAUCGCAGAUAUUUUCAGCUUACUCAUCACAAUGUAACUACAUCGCUCACCAGUCUGCAGUUAUUCAUGUUAAUGGUGCAGGGAUGGUGCAACACAUGUGGUAAAUGGAGGGGAACAUAUUACAUAAUCUGUCCAGUUUCUUUCAGUGCCUGGAAGUGUUUGAAACUAUUAAAUAUGAGUGUUGAUAAAAUAUGAGCUUUGAUACUGGUUCCAACACAAAUGGGCAUUUUUCAUACUUUCUGCACAUUUCAGUCAUCUUGGUUCCAUAACAACAUAACAUUUCAUUUUUCUUUUAAACACCCAGAUGACUAUUCACGCAGCCAUUUUGUGUCUGAAUGGUCACAGAUUCUAUUUUCACAUGCCACAUAUGCAGUUUGGGGCUCAGAUACACGAGAGUUAGCUUCUCAUUUCACUAUUGCUAGCUAUAAUUAAGUUAAUUAAGUUUAUAAACAGAAUGAAAAUUUUUCUGCACUGACCAUAACACUAUGACUUACUUAUUUUGGAAAAAAUAUCAAGUAAGGAGGGGUUUAAAAAUGCACAUAGGAAGCUACAUAAAGGCUCAGUUGCACAGGCCUCAAGCCUGGUCAGUUCCUUGCAAUUCCUCUGGUAGUUAGCAGGCUCCUGCAGUUCCUUCCUCUGCCAUACAAACCAGUCCAUGGUUUGUAUGGAAGACACAGACUGGUCUGCAGUUAGUUACUUAACCACCAGUGGUAGGGAAACUAAAAAGUGCCAUGGAGCCAGGAAACUGAGAAUGCUCACCUUCAAAAUAAAAGCUUUGCCUUAUCGCUGAAACCAACAUGUGACAAAAGGGACAACUUUUACUUUGAAGGUGAACAGUAUUGUGUGUGUUGCACUGUUCAGUACUGCUCAGCAAGCAGCAAGUGUUUGCAGACAAGUUGGCAUUUCACAUGCAAAUUAGAGGUAACCAUGGCGGUCUGCAUGUGACCAAAGUAAUCGCAAGGUUUUAAAUGCAACAACAUGUGUCUCUUUGCAACCAAUUUAAAAGCAACAUCAAGCAACCUUGUUCAACCAUUUGUCAAACAGCAACCACAGCCUGACUGUUCAACCAUUUGUCAAACAGUCAGGCUAUAGACGUUAUAGUCCAAUGACCCGAGGAACUGGCCGGGCUCUAGACCUGCGUAAGUGCAAAUUUAGCAAUAAAUACUAUGUACUAUAAUACUAUGAAACACCCAUUUUUCUUGGUUGUCAGCAAGUGGUCUGUAGGCCUGUGUUACUGAGGCCUUGGAUAAUAUUGGCUGUAGAUGCUGAAGGCAAAAGUUCAUGACUAACUGUCAUAGGAUAAUAAUAAAGAGUAAACGUGCAAGUUGUGACCUGAGCUUUUGUACGUAACCUGCUGCCCUCACCCAGUCAGUGUCACUUUAGCUAGAUAGGACAAGUUUGCUUUCUGGUAGAAGCUCUAUUUUCGUUGACGUAAUUUAGAAAAUACAGAUUCUAGAUUAAUGAAAUGAUAUGUGAUAAAAUAGUCUAUCUGGCUCAAAUCUUGGAUACAAAAUUCUCCCAAGUGUACUAUUAGAAAAGAGAAUGUGAUGACUUGGCGUCAAUUACAUCCAUCCUAAUUUAAUCAUGUUUUUAAGACGUUAAACUCAACAGCUCCAUUUGUUUUAGCCACUGAAGUGUUUCCUCUCUCCUCCUGCUUUUCUUUUCAUCCUACUUUCCACCACCACACUGGUUUCAUGGAAAUGUUCAGUCAGUGCCAACACACAUCAUGCGCACACAAUGCCUUCUCGUUGGAGACAGCACCAUACAGCCGGCACCACAGACGCAGUGACUGUAGGCUAGUCCUCGAGACUAGGGAGGAAAAGUGAGAUGAAGCUCAACCUUGAACUGACUGUGAAGAUGUUAAAAAUCCCAGCUUUUUUAUCCCUAAAGCCAAGCAGAGCAUCUAUCCAUCUCAGGAUAGUUACUUCAGCCAUGGUAUAUCUUCCAACCACAGUAUAGACAUGAAGUCAUUUGAAACCAUUUCCCUUUUUAACAUGUGCUGGCUGUAAAGCUAUGCAACAUGCCAAAAAAAUGUCUGCUCCGCCAGUUUGUGGUUUUCUUUCCAAAUUAGCGGAGGCAUAUGGAAAAAAAACUACAUUUAGUUCAGGGAAUGAGCCUGUAAAACACAUUAUAUAAAGCUAUAGUGUGUCUUUCUGAAGUUAUACUCUGUCCCCUAAUGGUUUAAUGUGUUUUUUCACUGGGCACAGUUGGAACAUUUGGAAAAUGGACGAUGUUUUAAACCUCUCCUUGGCAGAGAGUGUUGACAGUUUAGGUGCCAGGAGGAGCUGCUUGUGGUCUGACUGUUUUUUAAAGUGAAAUGAUAACUGCUGUGUGCAUUAGCAACAAUGGAAGUGUUACUAAGUUCUGAAAAUCUUGUGAAAAAUACUUUUAGUCUAGAAUGAGAGAAAUGUCCUCUUUCUUUCUAGAAUUUUUCAUAGGGUAUGAAGGUGAACACCACUGGGCAGAUCGUAAAUCCUUCUCUUCUGCUCUCUCUGUGUCCAAGAUUUAUCAGAUGGUCGGUGCGCGACGUGUUUGCAUUGGCUUCAGGUGCUUUUGGCUUCAGAAUACCUCCUCUGGCUAUUCUGGGUGCAAGACAAACAGUGUGAUUACAUAGACGAGCGGAUACCCACACGAACAUGGUUGCCAUGACAAUGAGGCCAAGCAGGCUUCAGCUCUAGUGGCUACAUAAAACAAUGUUUACUGCAGUGCCAGUAACAGCAUAGCAGUACAGUCUAAAUGAAAGCAGGUGAGAUGAAAUCUGUGAUAAAUGCAGACAGCAGACAUCCAAAUUAUUUGACCAUUAUACGUAAGGUCAGAUCAUAAAAAAAGUAUCAAAUGUAGUUAGUAACAAUGUAAAAGAUUUUUUAAAAUAUGAUACUUUUUAAGUGAUUCUGUUUUAGAACUCAUUUUUAUUCCAGUCUGUCGAGUACCAGUGACAGACAACACGGGCAAAUGAAUGAUAUGCGACACAUGUAAUCAUUUUUGACAGCCCCCUAUGCAUGUUAAACACAUGAACUGCAAAACACAGAUCUUUCUCACUGUCUAAAAAUUGUGAUCUGUAUUUCCCAGUGAUAACCACAUCAAAGCCCCAAAGUCCAUUUUUAAAGCAGAGAACAGAACUUUUAGUGUCCUCAAGAGGCAAAAAUAAAAUUCAGUACCACCCAUUCAUUGCUCUUCUACUACUUUAAAAAUGAUAAGAAUUCUGCAUUUUGGGGGGAAUGCUGCAGAGGAAAUCGCUCAUUUCUUUUUUUUGACACUUCCUGCUUCACCCUUGGUAUAAAGCUCAGCUAUCCUCUCUUUCAGCCACCUAAAAUUCUCCCAAGAGGCCUUUUGCUGCCGUUUUUUACCCAUUUUUGAAAAGUGAGAAGGCAAACUGGUGUGUCUCUCUGGAGGCAGAGUCAGGGGAUAAACAGUGAGCCGAGUGCACAGCGUGCAGCUAAAAGGAAGCUUCCACUCCCAGAGUCCUGCUGUUUUCUUCCUUCCUCUUAUGCAUACACAACACCCAAGCACAAUUUAUCCUGGGACUGAUAUGGGUCUCUAGAUAGCUGACAGCAUUUCCUUCUUUUAAGGUUCUUUUAUAUUUUAUUCUCAUGUUUCUGUGUGUUUUGUUCACAUCUCAGAAUGUUCAAAGUAAAUGGAAGGGAACUGAAUCAAACCCUACUGGGUGCAUGCUGGGUGCUGACCCAGGUCCAAAACCUAACUUAGGCUAAACAAAAUCUAGAGGAUUAAAAGACAAAAGCCAGAGAGACUGACUGCAGUUCAGCUGAAUCAAUAAAGUUAAGCUUUAUUUUGUUAUGCAAUAUGCCUUCUAGAAAAAAUGUUUGUCUUUUUUUCCUUGUAAAGUCAAAAUGUUCAAAAAUUAACAGAUUAUGUUCAUUGAUGUGGGCGAUAUAUAUUAUGAAGUAUGUAAAUUAUACGAGU